UCGCGCUUGUCCCGAAUAAAAACAGAGAGCACUAUAUCUGUAGACUCUCUCUGCUGAGCUCUUCAGUAGGGUUUUGUUUCUCUCUCUAACUGAAAUCGGAACCACCAUUUUUCUAACGUUGAUAGUAUUCUGAGAAUACGGAACGCGCGAGAAAUGGAGUCGUAUGCGAUACAUUUGGCCAUGGCGGCUCUGGUUGGUGCUUCGCUGGUGGCUGUGUCGGCCUACUAUAUGCACCGCAAAACCCUAAAUCAGCUUCUUGAGUUUGCGAAGACGGUGGAGAGGGAGAGAGAGGACAACUCCGAUGGCGGUGACUCACCGCAGCACAUGAAAAAGCGUAGAAGCCACGCGCGUCGCAAGGGCAGCGGCUAUUACCGGCGGUGCUCGGCGUCGUUGCCGGACGUGACGGCGAUCUCAGGCGGGAUUGACGGUGACGAUCAUAGGCGCAACGGCUUGCUUCCGGUUGAUGGUAUUCCUGCCGGGUUGCCGAGGCUGCACACGCUUCCGGAAGGGAAAUCUACUGAGCUUGCGAGUUCAGCUAAGAGAACUGGUAAUCUUAUACGUCCAACUUCUCCUAAGUCUCCAGUUGCAAGUGCCAGUGCCUUUGAGAGUGUAGAAGGAUCAGAUGAUGAAGAUAAUAUGACUGACAAUGCUAAACUAGGCACUGUGGGGCCAGAUGGUAAAAUCCUUUUUGAGAAUUUACCGAACCAUGUUAAUGCCAAUGGAGAGCAAAUUCCUAUAGCUCCUUCAAGUAUGAUUCGGUCCCAUAGUGUAUCUGGUGAUCUGCAUGGCGUUCAGCCUGAUCCAAUUGCAGCUGAUAUUUUAAGGAAAGAGCCAGAACAAGAGACUUUUGCUAAACUUAAAAUUACUCCUACUGAAGUGCCAUCUACCGAUGAAGUGGAGGUCUAUGUGGUUCUUCAAGAAUGCCUUGAAUUGCGAAAAAGAUAUGUAUUCAGCGAGACAGUUGCUCCGUGGGAGAAAGAAAUUAUAUCUGACCCCAGUACCCCAAAGCCUAACCCAGCACCAUUUUUUUAUACUUCUGAGGAGAAGUCUGAUCAUUAUUUUGAAAUGCAAGAUGGGGUUGUUCAUGUGUAUCCUAAUAAAGAUUCAAGAGAAGAGCUUUUUCCUGUUGCCGAUGCAACAACCUUCUUUACUGACCUACAUCACAUACUUCGAGUUAUAGCAGCAGGGAAUAUCAGAACUUUAUGCCAUCAUCGACUGAAUCUUCUGGAACAAAAAUUCAAUCUUCAUUUAAUGCUUAAUGCGGAUAGGGAAUUUCUGGCUCAGAAAAGUGCUCCGCAUCGUGACUUUUAUAAUGUCAGAAAAGUUGAUACACAUGUUCAUCAUUCGGCAUGCAUGAACCAGAAACAUCUUUUGAGGUUUAUAAAAUCAAAGUUGAGGAAAGAGCCUGAUGAGGUUGUGAUAUUUCGAGAUGGAACCUAUUUGACCUUGAAAGAGGUUUUUGAGAGUUUGGAUUUGACUGGGUACGACCUAAAUGUUGACCUUUUGGAUGUUCAUGCAGACAAGAGCACAUUUCAUCGUUUUGAUAAGUUUAAUCUCAAGUACAACCCCUGUGGUCAAAGUAGGCUUCGUGAGAUUUUCCUUAAGCAGGAUAAUCUUAUUCAAGGUCGUUUCCUUGCUGAGCUGACCAAGCAAGUGUUUUCUGAUCUGUCUGCCAGUAAAUAUCAGAUGGCUGAGUACAGAGUAUCAAUAUAUGGUAGGAAGCAAAGUGAGUGGGACCAAAUGGCUAGUUGGAUAGUGAACAAUGAAUUAUACAGUGAGAAUGUUGUUUGGUUGAUUCAGUUGCCACGGUUGUACAAUAUAUACAAGGAAAUGGGAAUAGUAACAUCAUUUCAGAACAUUCUUGACAAUAUCUUUAUUCCACUAUUUGAGGUUACCAUAGAUCCAGAUUCUCAUCCACAACUGCAUGUUUUCCUGAAACAGGUUGUGGGGUUAGAUUUGGUGGAUGACGAAAGCAAACCUGAAAGACGCCCCACAAAACACAUGCCAACACCAGCACAAUGGACCAAUGUAUUCAAUCCUGCAUUUUCAUACUACGUGUACUACUGUUAUGCUAAUCUCUACACAUUAAACAAGCUUCGUGAAUCAAAAGGCAUGACAACAAUCAAAUUUCGUCCGCAUUCUGGGGAGGCUGGUGACAUUGACCACCUUGCUGCAACCUUUCUUACCGCAAAUAAUAUUGCACAUGGAAUCAAUUUGAGAAAAUCUCCCGUGCUUCAAUAUCUGUAUUAUUUAGCCCAGAUUGGCUUGGCUAUGUCACCCCUGAGCAACAAUUCUCUGUUUUUGGACUACCAUCGGAACCCUUUUCCUAUGUUUUUCUUACGAGGUCUUAAUGUUUCUCUUUCUACUGAUGAUCCUCUCCAAAUCCACUUAACAAAAGAACCUUUGGUGGAAGAAUAUAGUAUAGCUGCUUCUGUAUGGAAAUUGAGUUCAUGUGACCUAUGUGAAAUUGCCCGUAAUUCUGUCUACCAAUCUGGUUUUUCACACGCACUUAAGUCACACUGGAUUGGCAGAGAGUACUAUAAGAGAGGGCCAGAUGGAAAUGACAUCCACAAAACAAACGUGCCUCAUAUCCGGGUGGAAUUUCGUGAAACGAUCUGGAGAGAAGAGAUGCAACAGGUUUAUCUCGGAAAGGCCAUGAUCCCUAAAGAAGUUGAGAGGUGAUGUCGAAAGGCAUGCGCAACUUUAAGCCAUACUUGAAGAGUAAUCUGAUAAGAUGUACGACUGGCUAGCGAUUCUUGUUUAAAGGAUAUGCCAUACAUUCCAGGGAAGUGCCAGAAGCCAUAUGCAAGCAUGAGGCAAUGGUUGGGGGGUCUAAGAAUGAGGUGGACAUGUACAUGCCCAAAGUCGAGAUUAAGAAGUGCGUCACUUCAGAUUCAGCUAGAGUUAGUUGGAGUCGAGAAAUACAGACAAGAAAGAGGAAAUGCCACUCGAUCCUUAGUCAAAUAAGAGUGGUUUUUGUACUACUGAAGUUAAUUACUAGGGUUUCAUAAUUAACUUCGCUGUAACAUGAAUAUUGAAUAUUGUAUUGUCGCAGUUAGUUUUAUGUCAGAGAUAUCACAAUAUGAUGCUCAUUCAAGACUCCUAUAAA